AUGGCUGGUAUACGAUUCUGGUCUGCUCCUGGACAUGGACAUGGAUUACCUGUUCCUGGCACAAGCAAUGGGAAUAGUGCCCGCCCCGCACAUAAACGCACACGGUCGAAUAUUGACCCAGCAUCAUCGGACCGGGCUGUCAUCCACAUAUACUGGCCCACUUCCCGGCCGCUCCAAUUUGCACUCGUCCUCGCCGCCGGUUCCGUCUGUGUACUGAUCUUCUUGCUUUCCACUCCAAGCGCUGCUGCUGGCCGUAACCCCGGCCGAACCGUGCAAGAACCAGGCUAUCUCAAGGACUCCUUUCUCGACGCGUUGGUCAAGUGCGAGAAUGGCCUCGCGCCUCCAGCCAAUCAAGCAGAGUUUGUGUUUCCGACCGAACAGUCUCCUAUGGCGCAUCUCGCCACCAAGUACCGUGCCCUGACGAACACCCAGCACGAUACUCCGUUGGCCCUGAGCAAACGACUUCCGCGCCGCGACGCGCUCGGCUUGCCACGCGACUGUCUGAACCAUACCGUCAACGGUCUUGCGUGCCCGCAUGGUCUCGCGUCCCGCUCUCCCCCUUCUCUCGAUGUCGUCUGGACAUGGACCAACGGGAGCGACCCGCUCCACUUUCGCGCGAGGCGCAUAGCGGAAAUGUCCGAGCCUCGGUUCGUUCAGGAAGAGACGCCUCGAGGCAGAAAUAAACAAAAAGAGGGAGCAGAAGACAAGUUAUUCCGUGAACACGACGAGCUCCGUCAUUCAAUCCGCUCUGUGCUCGAUAACUUCCACCGCUGGUCCACGAGGUUCCAAGUGUUGGCUGCCGACUUUCCCUUUCCGUCGUGCAAUUUGACGCACUCGCGCAAUACCCUACUGGGUCAGAUUCCUCAAUGGUUGAACAAUCAUAAUAGCAAAGACGGUUCGAUCACCCUGGAUGUAGUUCACCAUUCUCAGUUUAUGAGCGACUAUCGACAGCCGACGUUUAGCAGUUUAAGCAUUGAAUCUCAACUCACGAACCUCAAUCUGAGUGAGGCAUUCAUAUACAUGAACGACGAUAUCUUCUUCAUGGCACCUAUGACCCCCUGGGACUUCUACACCUAUGCUUACGGCCCUGUUCUUCGAAUGCAAUCUGACCUCAUGGUACCCCCCACGACAAGAGAGACCAAAAAGGCGUAUGGAGAAUGGCAAACCCUGCAGUACUCAAACAUGCUUCUAGGAGACCGCUUCGGGCAGCGCUAUCGGCCGUACACAACACAUGAAGCCAAGACCCUCGUCAAAUCGAUGGUCGACGAAGUGACAACACGAUUUCGGAUGAACCCUGAAGCCAAGGACGCGUAUCUACCGUUUUUGACCACGCAUUGGAUAGUCGAACGGCAUCGCGAAGCAUUGUUGUGGGCAUGGGUCGUCGCGCGGAUAGGGGGCGAUGACGACGAAUGGGGCCCCGUCCAGUCAGCACAGGCGUGGAAAGAACUUGGUGGAGCGGCUGAUAGCGAUCUAGUCGACGUGCGAAGACAGGUUAGGACAACAUUGCAAGAAGAUCGAGUUAUGAACGUGCUUGAUAGCACGGGUGACACCGCGAUAGGAAGGACGCAAUACGCCUUCGUAUCCCGUGAUGGAUAUCCCUACGCUAGUUUAGGGAGAUUCGGAUGGAAGAACUGGCCAUUAUUUCAACCUUCGAAGAGCAGCGAUAAACCCGGGAUGUAUUCGGACCCUGGUGCGCGAUGUACUAUCAAACGAACCGAAUGCCUUGGAGCGUCUAGUCCUCGCAUUCGAGGUGCCAGCGGGAUCUUUGCGCGUUUGGCGUUCGAAGUUCCACAUUGUGGUGAUUGCGUAAUUACUGCGCUUGUCGCGGCGAGCGGAGACUUAGGAUUCUCAGCCUUUUUGCCAGGAUCGGGUCGCGUCUGGACACCAUGGAAGGACCUGGAGCAAGAACCGCCGAAAGAAAUAGCCCCCACCUACCGCUUGUCGCAGACUAUCGCGCGGCCAAUUUUUCUUUGGCUCAUGUAUUUACGCAGUCCGGGGCGAGACAACGUCGCAGGUCUGACGCCUUCGCAUUUCGCAAUGUUAAAGAACCCCAACUCUAUCAAGGCGUUGUUCGAGCGGCUGGAGAAUAAGAUUCAUGCGGAGGAUACGAUCCAAGAUGCUCUAAUGCUCUGUUUGAAUGAUGACAUUACACUCCAGCCAGAACGCGCGGAUAAAUUAUUAAGGGAUUGGCAAGGACAGCGGUGGCCGCAGAAGGCGGGAUGGGAGCUUUGA